AUGAAAACGAAAGCGUUGGUUUUUGGAUUGUUGGCAUGUUCUGGGGUUGGUUUAGCAGGCUAUCAACUCUACAAAACUUAUUUGAAAACUAUGGAAAAGGAUGAAGUUGAAGAUCAAAAAGAACGAACUGAAAAGGAAGAAGACGAAUACAUCGAAGAUAACGAUUAUCAACCAGGCGAGUUCGAGAGAAUAAUGAACGAAUGGGAGGUUGAUAAUGAACCAUUCUGGAAACGGAGAUCAUUUCCAAGCAAUGAAUUUGAUUUGGACUUAUGGCAACCCAUUGCUGAAGAAGACGAGGAAGAUUAUGAAGAAGACGAAUCUUAUGAAGAAGAAGCUGAAGAAGACGAAUCUUAUGAAACUUGUGAGGAAUCUGAAGAGGAAUCUUAUGAAACUUGUCAGGAAUAUGAAGACGAAGGAGAUUUAAACAAGCAGGAGAAAGCAGAAAUGAAAACGAAAGCGUUGGUUUUUGGAUUGUUGGCAUGUUCUGGAGUUGGUUUAGCAGGCUAUCAACUCUACAAAACUUAUUUGAAAACUAUGGAAAAGGAUGAAGUUGAAGAUCAGGAAGAAAUAACUGAAGUGGAAGAAGACGAAUAUAUCGAAGAUAACGAUUAUCAACCAGGCGAGUUCGAGAGAAUAAUGAACGAAUGGGAGGUUGAUAAUGAACCAUUCUGGAAACGGAGAUCAUUUCCAAGCAAUGGAUUUGAUUUGGACUUAUGGCAACCCAUUGCUGAAGAGGACGAGGAGAAUUAUGAAGAAGACGAAUCUGAGGAAGACGAAACUUAUGAAACUUGUCAGGAAUAUGAAAACGAAGGAGAUUUGAUAAAGGAUUGGGUNGUUUAUAAUCGUUCUGUUUAA